UUAACAACAACCCAGAUGGGCGUACUGAAUGGUGUGAGAUCUUUGGAUACUAUAUACUGGAGGGUGAUGCUCUUGCUGCUCAACUUGAUGAAGAAAAUAUGGUUUUUUUGGUUUCCAAAAAGCAGCGGAUCACAAAAGCAGGAGUCAAGAGACGUGAUGUAAUAAAAUGCAUAGUAAAAAUACCACAGCUGGAUUUCAUAGUAACAGCAUCUCAGAAAGGAAUGUUGUCCAUCUUUAAUAGCCAGAUGAGAAUCCUGACAAGCACAAGUAUUCUAGAGAGUUCCUGGAUCACUGGAUGUGAUUACUUGAGUCAGCUCAAGCGUGUUUGUGCUAUAACGGAAAGAAGCAUCAUCAUAUGGGAUUAUAAAACACAAGGGACUGCCAUGGAUAAUUGUUUUAUUAUCAAACCCAUGGAACAUUGUCUCCUCAGCGUUUGUGCCAUUCAGCGUCCAUCAGAAUUGCUAAUAAAAGAUGACAUCUUAAUGGGAGAUGAUGCUGGAUUUGUUAAUUUGUUUACCAUGACCAGUGAUGAUUUUGGUCUAAAACAAUCUAAAUCUAAAAAAAAAUCACAAAUGGUGAUUAUAGAUCCUAGGAAGUUCAAAACUAUUAGACGCAAGCUGCAUAAUGACUGGGUUGUGAAAGUAAAAUACUUUCCAGUGUUGAAUUGUUUUGGAUCCUGCUCCUUGGACAGUGUUCAUUCUUUGGUAUUGGAUGACCUGAAAAGACUAGAAGACAAUGCAAUUGUCAGAGAAUUUUCUGUACCAAAAGGAAUUAAUGCCUUCACAUAUUGUGUAAAAGCCAAUAUCGUUGUUACUGGGGGAGAUGAUAAAAUUCUUCGUUUGUGGCAUCCCAACAUCAACACCAAGCCAGUGGGGAAGUUGAUGGGACAUUUAUUUAGCAUUACAGAGAUUGUUACCAAUGAAAAAGAUCAACACAUCAUUAGCCUCUCUACUGCAAAGAUUUUUAGAGUGUGGGAUAUCCAGACCCUUUCACCAAUGCAGGUCUUCCAUGACAGUCAAGGGGGACCCAGAGAUACACAGAUCUUUGCUAUGAUAUUUGACAAUAACCGUGGUAUACUGAUUACAGGAUCAUCUGUCAUUGAUAUCUAUCCUCUAACCCGUAUGAUACAAGACACCAAACAGGUCCCACAGACACAUGAGAGGAACAUCAAUGUACUGGUUUACAACAAUGCCUUUCACCAAGUCCUUACUAUUUGUUCUGAGUCUGUCAUAAAGGUCUGGGAAUUGGAAACAGGACAACUAAUAUACCAGAUUGAGGAUGCCCAUGGGCCUAAUGUUGAAGUUACAUGUGCAGCAAUUGAUAAGCAUGGAUUUCACCUUGCCACGGGAGCAUGUGAUGGGACUGUGAAAACAUGGGAUUUUGGAAGUGGACAAGAACUUAAAGUUUUGCCUUUAGGCAAGGAAAUCAGAGAUAAUGAACAUUGGCUGAUGCAGAUGGUUUACCUGAAGGCUAGUGAGAGUAAACAUGUGAUCUUGGUCUUGGAGUACAGCGGGAUGAUCAAAAUUGUUCAGGCCAAUGAAGGUGAAAAUUACCUGUCUAUUACCUGGAGUCUUCCUGAUGCUGUUUCACUUGCGCUACAAGACAAUCCAUUGAUUCCCCUCAAACUGAGUCCCAAUGCCAAGAAAAAUAAUGAUUUUUUUCCAGAUAUUGAGCUGUUGCUUGGUAAAGAACCUGUACAAUCAAAUACAGAGCUACCUCAAGGGACAGAAGUGAAAUGCUUUGAUCUGCUAAGAGUAGAAAAUUAUAAUCUGUUAGCUACUGCAAGUGCAAAUGGUGCUAUCAUCAUGUGGGACUUUGACUCUGCCACUGCCAGACACAUAUUCAAAACUGUCAAUGUCAUUCAAGGAGAUGAGCCUGAAUUGCGUGGAAUCAAUAAAUUACAGUUUCUCUAUCGAAGUACUAUCUCUGAUCGGGAACUUAGCCUGUCAUCCACCUUCAGUUCAGAUCCUCAGAGUGAUGACAGUCCAACAACCCAAGAAGGAGAUGGCAGCACCAUCAAGCUGGAAAGUGAAAAAAGUGAUUGUGGUGGUAUGACUGCUUCUUCAGAACCAAAACUUCCAAGUUCUCUUAUUGUGGAGAACAAAGAAAUGACACCCAGUGUACUGGAUACUGGGGCUGAAAAAUUAGAACGUCGGAAUAUACCUGUACUUGCCUCAGCUCAUGAAGAUGGUCGUAUCUACCUCUGGACGAUAACGGGAGAUCUACUGAGAGAAAUUUUGCCUUUUACAAAACAUCCUCCAAUUCCUUUGACAGUACUGCACACUGACGUGUCUUCUAAAAUGCUUUUUGCUGCUAAUAAAGAAGGACAUGUUAUCAGAUGGAAUGUAUACUCAUUUUUAGAAGAUCCACUGGAUGCUAAAAAGCGUGUAAAGCAACAAAUUUGUUGGCGAGCUCAUUCCACCAAAAUAGUUGACCUGUUCUACAAUGAAGAAAAAAAACUAGUGGUAACUGCUUCUAUAGAUUGUUCUGUCAGGGUCUGGCAUUCACCCGAUGGACACUACUUUGGUUAUUUUGGCCAGCGCAGAUUGUUUGAAAUUUCUGAAUCCACUGAUAUAAUUUUGCCCUGUGAUGUAAAUGAAAUGCCCUUCACAAUAAAAGAAGGCAGCAAGUAUAUGGAGAAGAAGCAGAAGUUUGAGUAUCCUUUAGUCCUUGACAGAGAAAGAUGGAAGACUUUAACCAGAACUACUUUAUCUUUGAAAAAGCCUAGUCCAUUACAGAUUGAACAUGAUUACAAAUUUUUCAAAGCCCUGGCUUCCCCAAAGAUUAACAAGCAGCCUCUGGAAAGUUUCAAAUCUGGAAACAAAGAUGCUGGUGUUGUAUUUGGCUCUAUACCUAUAUACCGGGUCUUAAGUCCUCCAAAUUUGAAAAGUAUGACUACAAACGAGGACUCUGUCGACAGUAUCAGCAGGCGAAGCAGAAUACUGUAUAGUACACCAUCACGUUUCAUCAACAGAAGAGAUGCAAAAUCCAGCCAGACAAAAUUCCCACCAACACAAUUGCAAAAGCCAUGAAACAAAGUGUGUUGCAAUGGAACAUUGUAAAAAUAAAAC